UAAACGCCGGCUCAUGAAAUACUAAAGUUGUGAAAGUUUUCCUCAACAUUUACAGCGUGUUCCUCAAAAGAGUCGCGGGGCAGUUUUCUAGGAGGGUGCAGAUCAUGGCUCCGACAAACGUGGUACAGGAGUUGUCUCCAAACGCAGUGUCUCAGUGUCCUCUGGAGCAUGAGUUGCGUGCGGUGCUUCAGCGAAGGAUCCUGGUCCUGGACGGAGCCAUGGGCACCAUGAUCCAGCAGCACAGGCUGGAGGAGGAGCACUUCAGAGGGGAUGAGUUCAUAGACCACCCUGUCCCUCUAAAGGGGAACAAUGACCUGCUUAGCAUAACACAGCCACGCAUCAUCUAUCAAAUACACAAGGAAUACCUUGAGGCUGGAGCCGACAUCAUUGAGACCAACACAUUCAGCAGCACGUCUGUGGCACAGGCCGACUACCGACUGGAACACCUGGCUUAUCGACUGAAUAAGGCGUCUGCUGAACUGGCGAGGAAGGCUGUAGACGAUGUUUUCAGACACAGUGGUUCUAAGCGGUAUGUGGCAGGAGCAUUGGGCCCCACCAACAAAACGCUGUCUGUCUCCCCCUCAGUGGAAAAGCCAGACUUCAGGAAUAUCACAUUUGAUGAGCUUGUGGAGGCCUAUUCUGAGCAGGUCCGAGGGCUGUUGGAUGGAGGAGUGGACAUCCUUUUGGUGGAAACAAUCUUUGACACUGCCAAUGCUAAGGCUGCCUUAUUUGCCAUUGAUUUACUAUUUGAGGAGAAGUAUGAGAGGAGGCCUAUCUUUAUUUCAGGGACUAUUGUGGACCGGAGUGGCCGGACGCUGUCAGGUCAGACCAGUGAGGCCUUUGUGGUCAGUGUGGCACACUCCAGACCUCUUUGUUUGGGUCUGAACUGUGCCUUGGGGGCGACAGAGAUGAGACCAUUCAUUGAGGCUAUUGGCAAGAGCACAUCUGCGUUUGUGCUGUGCUAUCCUAAUGCAGGUCUGCCCAACACAUUUGGGGGCUAUGAUGAGACGCCUGAGGUGACUGCUUCCAGUUUAAAGGAGUUUGCUGUUGAUGGACUGGUGAAUGUCGUAGGAGGCUGCUGUGGAACCACUCCAGCUCACAUCAGAGCCAUCAGUGAAGCAGUGCGACACAUUGUGCCCAGAGCUCCUCCUUCUCAGCUCUAUCAGGAGUACCUCCAGCUCUCAGGUUUAGAGCCCUUCAGGAUAGGCCCACACACCAACUUUGUGAACAUAGGUGAACGCUGUAACGUAGCUGGAUCACGCAAGUUUGCCAAGCUGAUUAUGGCAGGAAACUAUGAGGAGGCUCUAAGCAUUGCUAAAGCUCAAGUGGAGAUGGGGGCUCAGAUCUUGGAUAUAAAUAUGGAUGAAGGCAUGCUGGAGGGUCCUGCUGCAAUGGCUCGAUUUUGCAACUUUAUUGCUUCAGAGCCAGAUAUCGCAAGGGUUCCUUUGUGCAUAGAUUCAUCCAAUUUUGCUGUGAUUGAGGCUGGGCUCAAGUGCUGUCAGGGGAAGUGCAUCGUGAACAGCAUCAGUCUGAAAGAGGGGGAGCAGGACUUCCUUAAGAGAGCUGCCACAGUGAAACGCUACGGGGCUGCAGUGGUUGUCAUGGCCUUUGAUGAGGAGGGACAGGCCACAGACACCGAGCGAAAAGUGGAGAUUUGCUCUCGUGCAUACUGGCUGUUAGUCAACAAAGUGGGAUAUGACCCCAAUGACAUCAUCUUUGACCCAAACAUUCUGACCAUUGGCACAGGGAUGGAGGAACACAACCACUACGCUGUCAACUUUAUAAGGGCCACUCAGCUGAUCAAAGAGUCAUUACCCAGAGCCAGAGUCAGUGGAGGACUGUCCAACCUGUCCUUUUCCUUUCGUGGGAUGGAGGCGAUUAGAGAAGCCAUGCAUGGGGCCUUUCUCUAUCAUGCCAUCAAGCACGGACUGGAUAUGGGCAUAGUGAAUGCUGGGAACCUGCCGGUGUAUGAUGACAUUGACAAAGAACUGUUAGAACUCUGUGAGAACCUGAUUUGGAACAAAGACCCUGAGGCCACAGAGAAGCUGCUGACCUACGCACAGAACCAUGUGAAAGGAGCCAAAAAGACCGUUCAGAGCGAAGAGUGGAGAGAGGGCACAGUGGAGGAGAGGCUAGAAUACGCACUCAUCAAAGGGGUGGAGAAAUAUGUUGUGGAGGACGUGGAGGAGUGCCGGUGCCUGGAAUACUACACAAGGCCCCUCCACAUCAUUGAGGGGCCCCUAAUGAAUGGCAUGAAGGUGGUGGGGGACCUGUUUGGAGCGGGCAAGAUGUUUUUGCCUCAGGUUAUUAAAUCUGCUCGUGUGAUGAAGAAGGCUGUGGGAUAUCUGAUCCCAUUCAUGGAAAAGGAGAGAGAGGAGAUGAAGUCUUCAGGAGUAACUACGGAAACUGAUCCCUAUCAGGGCACAAUUGUCCUAGCCACAGUAAAGGGGGAUGUUCAUGAUAUUGGCAAAAACAUUGUUGGUGUUGUCCUCGGCUGUAAUAACUUCAGAGUGGUGGACCUGGGUGUGAUGGUUCCAUGUGAUCAGAUCCUCCGAGAGGCCAUGACUCACCGUGCAGACAUCAUUGGACUGUCUGGACUCAUCACUCCAUCCCUGGACGAGAUGAUCCAUGUGGCCAAAGAGAUGGAACGGCUGGGAAUGAGUACACCCCUGCUGAUAGGGGGCGCCACCACAUCAAAGACCCACACCGCUGUGAAGAUUGCCCCUCGCUACAGCUCUCCUGUGGUCCAUGUUUUGGAUGCUUCCCGCGCCGUGCUGGUGUGCACACAGCUCUUGGAUGAUUCUCAGAAGGAUGAGUAUUUCGAUGAGCUCAAAGAGGAGUAUGAGGACAUCAGACAGGAUCACUACGACUCUUUAAAGGAUCGCCGGUAUCUGUCUCUGAGUAAAGCCAGAGAAAAUGGUUUACACAUCGACUGGCAGUCCACACCACAACCAGUGCAGCCCCAGUUCCUUGGCACUCGUGUCUUUGAUGAUUAUGACCUCAAAAGUCUCCUGGACUACAUUGAUUGGAAACCUUUCUUUGACGUUUGGCAGCUCAGAGGGAAGUACCCCAACAGAGGUUACCCCAAAAUCUUCAAUGACAAGACUGUUGGCUCAGAGGCUCGGCGUCUUUUCAAUGACGCCCAGAAGAUGCUUCAGCAGAUGAUUGACAGAUCCACUCUGAAGGGGCGGGGCUUGGUAGGAUUCUGGCGGGCUCAGAGUCGAGGAGAUGACAUCUGCUUGUACAGAGAAGACGUUCAGGUUUCUGGAGAGACUGAGCCAACAGCUGUGUUCCAUGGUCUGCGGCAGCAGGCGGAGAAGGACCCCUCCAGCCCAGAGCCAUACUUCUGCCUGUCUGACUUUAUUGCCCCCCUGGACUCAGGUGUAAAGGACUACCUGGGGCUUUUUUCUGUGGCUGUGUUUGGGGCAGAGGAGCUGAGCCAGCAGUUCCAAGGCAAAGGCGAUGACUAUAGCAGCAUCAUGGUCAAGGCUCUGGCAGACCGACUGGCUGAGGCCUUUGCAGAGCAGCUCCAUGCCCGCGUCAGGAAAGAUCUGUGGGGCUACAGCACAGAGGAAGCCCUCCAGACCUCAGAGAUGCUUAAGAUUCAAUACCGGGGCAUCAGGCCAGCUGCAGGCUACCCCAGCCAACCCGACCACACCGAGAAGAGGACCAUGUGGAGCCUGGCCAACAUCCAACAGAACACUGGCAUCAAUCUAACAGAGUCUUUGGCGAUGACACCUGCAGCAUCUGUGUCAGGACUGUACCUGUCACACCCCCAGGCCUCGUACUUCGCUGUGGGAAAGAUCACAAAGGAGCAGGUGGAAGACUAUGCCCAGCGGAAAAGCAUGGAUGUGUGUGAGGUGGAGAGGUGGCUCGCUCCCAUUCUGGCCUAUGACCCUGAACUUUGACCCUGGCCCUAAGUCACCCACAGGUGCUACACUGGACUCAUGUCUGCCCUAAUAUGGACUAUAUUCACUACAAUGGACUUUUAUUCACGAUCUGAGCUUUUAUCUUUAUCAGACUGAUAUAAAUAAACCACAAGCACUAUUUUUGUUCAGUGGAGUUGGUGUCAAACAAACUAGAAUCAGUUUAUGCAAUAUGAAAAGCAAAACUGUGCCCUAAUUAUGCUCCGAUUUUAGAUUUCUAUUGUGCAUGUUUAGUAAAUUUUAAAGGUUUUUACGUGUGAAAUUGUGUUAUAAAAUAAAAGUAAUUAAAUCAGCUUCCAUCA